AUGUCUACCCUCGAAGAAGUUCAGAAGCAUAACAAACUCGACGACGCCUGGAUCGUCCUCCACAACAAGGUCUACGAUGUUACCAAAUAUCUCGAAGACCACCCUGGCGGGAGUGCCAUUUUGAUCGAGGUUGCCGGCACCGAUGCAACGGAAGCUUUUGAAGAAACUGGCCAUUCUGAUGAGGCAAGGGAUGAGCUGAGUAAACAUUACGUUGACGACUUACCUUCUGAUGAACAUGCCGAGGUCAUAAAAUCCUACCGGCUUACUUACGAUCGAGUCUCUCAAACCGCCGCUGUAGCCGUCAAGAAGUCCUCGCCCAGCCGUCUUCGUGGCUCGACUCGCGCCGCCUUCAGACUGGGCAUCACCGGCGCGGUGGGAAUAAUUGCUGUCACUAGUUACCAAGAUGGCCUUGGGCCACUUCUGCAAUCAAUUCAGCAGCUGUCCGGUCAUACCUCAUCCAUAUUACAUAACGUGUCCGCCUCAUCCGACCAAUUUUGGUAUGGGUUCGGUGUCGCCAGUAUCACACAGCUAUCAUUGACAGUCUGGCUAGCAAUGUGGAUUUCCACCAAAUUGGAUUCCCACCAGGAGUUCACACGCUACUCGCCGUACCGCAAAUCUCGAACAGACCGAGUCCUUUUCCGCAAAAGACUCCCCGUGUCCCACAGCGUCACCAUAUGA